CUCUGCUCACCCCGUCUCCCUGCCCCCCAGAGCCAGGAUGGAGUCCAAGCGGAAGGCGCCCGUGGUGGGGGCUGGCGGGGGCGACCCGGCCCCGCGGAAGCGGCCCAAGGGGGGCGACUGGGAGGACGAUGGCCCCUCGCUCUUCGAGGAGGAGCUGGCCCUGCUGGACGAGGUGGAGGCCGAGAUGGCGCUGGAGAUGAAGGAGUCGCAGCCGGCCCCCGAUGCGGUGCCCCUGGGGAGGCUGAUCUCCUCCGUGGGGAACCCCAAGUGGCAGAGGCCCCCACCCCCCGCGAUAGACCCCGCCCAGGACGCGCUCUGCUUCCAGCAGCUGGAGCUGGACUAUUACGUGGGUGUCCCCGUGCCAGGCAUGCCCGGCGCCACCGAGGGCCCGGUGCCCGUUCUCCGGAUGUUUGGCGUCACCGCAGCCGGGAACAGCGUCUGUUGCCACAUCCACGGCUUCGCCCCCUACUUCUACGUGCCCGCCCCGGCCGGCUUCCAGCCCCAGCACCUGAGCGACUUCCAGCGGGAGCUGAACGGGGCCGUGCUGCGGGACCUGCGCUCCAACCGGGAGGGGCUGAGCCGGGCCGUGCUGGCCGUGGAGAUGUGCAGCAAGGAGAGCAUGUACGGGUACCACGGGCAGCGCCGCCUGCCCUUCCUGAAGGUGACACUGGCGCUGCCGCGGCUGGUGGCACCCGCCAAGCGGCUGCUGGAGCAGGGGCUGCGCUGCGAGGGGCUGGGCGUGCUGGGCUACCCGGCCUAUGAGGCCAACAUCGACUUCGAGAUCCGGUUCAUGGUGGACCGGGACGUCGUGGGCUGUAACUGGAUCGAGUUGCCCCCCAGCAAAUACCGGCUGCGCCCCGAGCAGCCCACAGGGGAGUCCCCCAAGGAGCCGCCAAAGGCCUCGCUGUGCCAGCUGGAGGCAGACGUGGGCUGGGCAGAUUUCAUCAGCCACCCCCCCGAGGGCGACUGGCAGGGCAUCGCCCCACUGCGGGUGCUGAGCUUCGACAUCGAGUGCGCCGGCCGCAAAGGGAUCUUCCCGGAGCCGGACAAGGACCCGGUGAUCCAGGUGGCCAACAUGGUGCUGCGGCAGGGAGAGCGCGACCCCUUCAUCCGCAACGUCUUCACCCUCCACAGCUGCGCCCCCAUCGUGGGCUCCCAGGUGCUGUGCUACUCCCAGGAGGCCGAGCUGCUCAAGGCCUGGGCCGAGUUUGUGCGGAUCGUGGACCCCGAUAUCGUCACCGGCUACAACAUCCAGAACUUCGACCUGCCUUACCUGCUGCAGCGUUCCCAGGCCCUCAAGGUUUCCACCUUCCCCUUCCUGGGCCGCAUCCUUGGGCGCAAAUCCGUCAUCCGGGACUCGUCCUUCCAGUCCAAGCAGAUGGGGCGGCGGGAGAACAAGGUCAUCAACACCGAGGGGCGCACCCAGUUUGACCUGCUGCAGGUGCUGCUACGCGAAUACAAGCUGCGCUCGUACACCUUGAACGCCGUCAGCUUCCACUUCCUGCAGGAGCAGAAGGAGGACGUGCAGCACUCCAUCAUCACCGACCUGCAGAACGGGUCGGAGCAGACGCGCCGGCGCCUGGCCGUGUACUGCCUGAAGGACGCCUACCUGCCGCUGCGCCUGCUGGAGAAGCUGAUGUGUGUCAUCAACUACAUGGAGAUGGCGCGGGUCACCGGGGUGCCGCUGGGCUACCUGCUCUCCCGGGGCCAGCAGGUCAAGGUGGUGUCGCAGCUGCUGCGCCAGGCCAUGAAGCAGGACCUGGUGAUGCCCGUGGUGAAGUCGGAAGGGGGCGAGGACUACGCCGGUGCCACGGUCAUCGAGCCUCAGAAGGGGUACUACGACGUGCCCAUCGCCACGCUGGACUUCUCCUCCCUGUACCCCUCCAUCAUGAUGGCUCACAACCUGUGCUACACCACACUGCUGCAGCAGGGGGCGCCGGAGCGCUACGGGCUGUCCCCCGAGGAGUUCAUCCGCACCCCCACGGGCGACCUCUUCGUCAAGGCCUCCGUGCGCAAGGGGCUGCUCCCUGAGAUCCUGGAGAACCUGCUGGCCGCCCGCAAGAGGGCCAAGGCAGAGCUGCAGCGGGAGACCGACCCCUUCACACGGCAGGUGCUGGAUGGGCGGCAGCUGGCGCUCAAGGUCAGCGCCAACUCGGUCUACGGCUUCACCGGCGCCCAGGUGGGCAAGCUGCCCUGCCUGGAGAUCUCCCAGGUGAGCUGGGCUCCCUCCCCCUCCCCAACCUGCGCUUGGGGGGGAUUUCCCGGGGGGGCUGGCACUGCUGCCCCAUUGUCUGUCCAGCUGUGGGGACUCAGGGACUUUCUGUGCCCAACCCCGCUCCAGGGGCUUCCCUGGUACUUCCUCAAUCCACCCCCAGCCCGGGCAGGAUCGGAGCCGCCCGCCCCAGCAGUGCUUCUGCCCUGGGCUUUCCGAAUGCCAGGCUGCUGGUCACAGCACGGCUGGCAGCUCUGCCCACCCCCACCAGCCACCUGU